AUGUCCAACCCGCACGAAUAUAUAGUGGGCUGGAUUUGUGCCCUACAUAUUGAGUAUGUUGCUGCGAAAACGUUCCUCGACGAAAAACACGAGCCACCGGAGUUCGUAUCAACAAAUGACAACAAUCUUUAUACCCUAGGCAAGAUUGGGAAACAUAACACCGUGAUCGCCGUCCUUCCCCAUGGAGAAUAUGGCAUAGCACCUGCUGCUAGCGUGGCAAGAGAUAUGCUCCAUAGCUUCCCCAAUAUCAGGAUUGGGUUGAUGGUUGGUAUUGGUGGCGGCGCGCCCAGUCCGAAGCACGAUAUCCGUCUUGGGGAUAUCGUCGUGAGUGCUUCAGACAAUGGAAAGCACGGUGGUGUAUUCAAUUUCGAUCAUGGAAAGGUCAUACAAGGUCAACCAUUCAAGGAGUCAGGAUUUCUAAAUCAGCCGCCCAUGAUACUGCGAACAGCUGUGCAGGGACUUAGGUCUGAAUAUGAGGCCGAAGGGCAUCAGCUUGAACGCGACAUCAACGAAAUUUUAGACCACAAAGGGAGACUGCGCAAGAAGUACGGAAGGCCUCAGGCGAUUACUGAUCGACUUUACCAACCUUGGGUGCUCCACCAGCCGCAUGUUGACCCGAACUGUGACCAUUGCAGCAACGAUCCAUCGAGCCUAAUAGUCCGCGCCGAAAGGACUAGCGACGAGGAUCAUCCGACAAUUCACUACGGCCUCAUCGCAUCAUCGAACAAGCUGAUGAAGGACGCUACCAUCCGCGAUGAACUUGCGAAGAAAGGUGUCCUUUGCUUCGAAACAGAAGCAGCAGGCCUGAUGAACCACUUCCCCUGCCUGGUCAUUCGUGGCAUCUGUGACUAUGCCGAUACGCACAAAAAUGACCAAUGGCAAGGCUAUGCAGCGAUGACUGCUGCUGCAUAUGCCAAGGAUCUCCUCUGUCAAAUUCAUCCCAACAGGGCUGUAGCUGAGGCCAAGAUCAGCGAGGUACUUUCCGGCAUACAAAACGAGCUCUCAGCCACAACUAGAAAGGUCAACACGAUUAUGCAUCAUAACCAAAGUCGAGAGAACAAAGAUAUCUUGCAGUGGCUCACUCCUUCUAAUUAUAGUCUUCUUCAAAGCGACAACAUCGCAAGGCGCCAGCCUGGGACUGGUCAAUGGUUUAUCAAUUCACCCGAGUUCUGCCAUUGGCGGGACAGCCCUGCUCAGACUCUUUUCUGUCCGGGGAUUCCAGGCGCAGGAAAAACAAUCCUUACGUCAAUUGUUAUUGACAGCUUAGAAGCUCUAUUCUCAAGCGAUAAGACUGUUGGUAUUGCAUAUGUUUAUUGCAACUUUCAGCGCCAGAACGAUCAAACGGCAAAAGAGCUUUUAGCAAGCCUUCUUAAACAACUUCUACAAAGUCUACCAGCCAUGCCAGAUAGCGUUAAGCCACUCUAUGAACAGCACAGGACAAAAGGGUCACCACCAUCAUUAGAAGAUGUCUCAAGCAACCUUCUAUCUACCGCCAAACUCUUUUCGAGGGUCUUCAUUAUAAUCGAUGCCCUCGAUGAAUGCCGCGCAACUGAUGGUACUCGGACCAAGUUCCUAGAGGAGAUAUUUAAGCUGCAAUUACACUCCAAAGCCAAUGUAUUUGCCACCUCUAGGCCGAUACCCGAGGUCAAAGAUCAGUUCCAGACUACCAUUACACUGGAAGUACGCGCUACAGACGCGGAUGUUGAGAGGUUCCUCCGUGGCCACAUGCCGCAAAUGCCGGGUUUCUUUCGUCGAGAGAGACUAGAAGAGCUCGUUAUAGGCGAAAUAAUUCGCUCUGUGGAAGGAAUGUUUCUUUUGGCCCAGCUUCAUCUUGAUUCUCUGCGUGACAAGAUAUCGGUUGAUGCUGUCCACAAGGCUCUUGCAAAAUUACCUAGCGGUUCGGAUGCCUAUUUUAAUGCAUACGAGACUGCCAUGAAGCGUAUCAUGAGUCAAUCGCCGAGUCACCGAGACUUGGCUAAACGAGUUAUUGCAUGGACUGUCUACGCAAUGCGGCCACUUACUGUUGAAGAGCUUCGGUACGCCCUGGCUGUCGAAAUUGGCAAAAGCGAGCUUAACAGGGAUGCUUUACCGGAGACUAGUAUAAUCUUGCAAGUAUGUGUCGGACUAGUCACCGUUGGCGAAAGUGACAGGAUUAUCCGACUCGUGCAUUACACAACGCAGGAAUACUUCGAGAAGACAAAAAUAACCUGGUUUCCGGAAGCUGAGGAGGAGAUUACAAUAACCUGUGUUACGUAUCUAAACUUUCAAGAGUUCAGAAGUGCAAUAUGUCCCACUAAUAAAGCUUUGAGGAAACGGCUGGAUGAAAACCCGCUUUUCCAUUAUGCUUCACAUCAUUGGGGUGAUCACGCUCGGAACGCAAAAACUAUCUGCAAAGGUGUUAUUGAGUUUCUCAAGUCAGACUCGAAUGUACAGUCAUCAGCUCAGUCGUUAAUGGCUUGGCGAAGGUAUUUCCACAGUCAGACAGUCCCGGAAAACAUGAAGGGGCUGCAUCUGGCAGCAUACUUUGGCAAUAUAACAGAAACACAAAUUCUUCUUCUCGAUAACGAUCCUGAUUUAAUAAAUGGUCAUGGAAGAACAGCAUUGUCUUAUGCCGCAAACAACGGCCACCUCGCUAUCGUGGAAAUGCUUCUCGAGAACGGUGCCAAUAUUGAUUUGGGCGAUGAUAUGUUACUCACGCCAUUGUCCUGGACGUGUGUGAGCGGACAUACCACUAUUGCUGAGAUAAUUCUUCAGAAUCAUGCUCAAGUUGAUUCUAGAGACGAUGAUGAACGAACACCUCUAUCACAUGCAGCUGAGCAUGGAAAUACAGCCAUUGUUCAGCUACUUCUUGAUAAUAAUGCCGAAGUCGACUCCGAGGACAGAUGGGGACAAACCCCUUUAUUAAUCGCAGUUGGAGAGGGACACGUGGACAUCGUUCUUUUACUUCUUGCCAAUGGCGCUGAUAUCGACUGGAAGGACAAUGAUAAGCUAACGCCUCUCUCGUAUGCCGUCUCUGAGGGAUACGCGAAUAUUGUCCAGCUGCUUCUUGACAAUAACGCCGAGGUAGACUUAGAGGCCAUUGACGGAGAAACACCAUUACAAAUAGCAGCUGAACCGCGACAGGAGACGAUCAUUCAGCUACUCCUUGCCUAUGGCGCCGACGCCAGCCGGCUUUCCUCCACACUGCCUUCUGAACCAAUCUAA